UUUAGCAUAAUAACAAAAGAAGUUUAUGAGUCACUUGUGUUUUAUUAGUAAUUCUAUAAAAGAAGUUUUGAAUUAUUUUAACUUUAUUUGGAAAUUUAAAUUAUUUAAGGAAAAACAAAGAAUGUCUGACGUGAGCCAUGAAACUCGAGUUAAAAAUGCAUUGUUACAAGUUGUUUCAAGUAAUGGUUCAGAGGCUGUCAGUUUACUAGAGAAUACAGAAUCAAAGCAAACUCCUUCCAAAAAAAAAAAAAAAGAUGAUCGAACAGUUUUUGUAAAAAACAGAUUUCUACAUGCACGUCCUGUAUUAAUUAGUCAAAAUGCUGGAAAUGUUUUAUCUAAAGAAGUUAUUGGUACAAAUGUACAAAAAAAUGGGAAUUUACAACCUAAAGGAAAUAAAAGGGUUAAUAUUCAAAAAAAUCCAGAAAAUUUGUUAUGUAAAAAUAUAACUGGGACAGAAACAAGUAUAGUGAGUUUACCUACAAAUACAAAUAAGACAAAUAUACCACAUACGAUUUCUGCUGGAAAAAAAGAUAAUAUUAAAAUCGAAGAUUUCACUCCAACUGUUUUCACCUCAACAGUUUCCUUAAAUACCAGUGUAUUGACAAACAAUUCAUGUUCCCCCUCUGUUCAAUUCUGCUUAUCAAAUGUUAGUAAAUCACAAGAUGAUAAACAAACAGGUACGCUUACAAUUAAUACAGUUUUAAAUUGUUCAAAAGCUAUCUGCCCGUAUUGCAAAACUUUAAAUGGUCAACAAGAUAUUAAAAACGUGUUAAAGUGUUUAAGAUGUGAAAAAGUUUUCCCUAUUCAACUUAUUGAUUCAACAGAUAACUCUUUCCAAUCAGCUAAAAAUUCAUUUUGUGGUGAUAAAAGUGUAAAUGAGUCAAUAUUGACAAGUGUACCUGGGAACCUGGUGCCUGGUGAUCUUGCAAUUAACGAGAAUAAAAGACGUUCCAACAGCACAAAAGUUGUUAGACCUUAUAAAAAAAUUAAACCUGCAGAGACUAUUGAUUUAGUUUCUAGUGAUGACGAACACUGUGUAGCAUCAGAUGAAAUGAAAAGCACCUCUGUAGUUUCUGAGCAAAAAGUUCAUCAUGGUAGUUGUUUUGAAAAACCAACACUUAUUUAUCCAAUAGUUGUGCAACCAACUCAGUUACCAAAUGAAUACAAGUUUGAUUGUAAUAAGGCAAUGUUUGGUGAAUUAUACGGUCGUGCCAUAUCACCAACAAAUAUCGUAAAGAGUCGUAUUUAUCUAAGCUUAGAGUGUAGCAUUAAUAGAGAAACUACUGUUACAGAGAAAUAUACUCUUUCUGUUGGCCAAAAAGAUGUACAACGAGUGCUUGUUUAUUUUGGCAGAGUACCUUCAAUUGUUGCAAUUGAAACUGCUGAAAGAUUUUCGGAAGUAGCUUGUCAACGUAUAGGAAAAGAUGUAUUAGUUCCAAAUUCAGAUAACCUUCAGAAGCGUUUUAUUGUUCUUGCAUUAGCUUUUGCUUUCAAAAAUGAAUGUGAUGCUAUCAAGGAAGUGCACCAGUUUAGCCAGUGUAUUUUACCGUGGACUAAAUUAACAAUAUUAUCACAUGCAGAUGCAUGUUUCUUUGUUGAAAAAUUAAAGUUUGACGUUUGUCAAAAAGAAAUUGUUUACUCUCCAGUGCAGACAGUUCUUGUGUAUCCACUACCCACAAAAACUAUCGGGAGUGGGGGGAUACCGAUAACUAAUGAAGAUUUGUUAUGCUUACAAGAUGGCACAUACUUAAAUGACAUCAUAAUUGACUUCUAUUUAAAAUAUAUUUUUGAUAACAUUUUAACAUCUCAACAAAAAGAACGAACAUAUAUUUUCAAUUCAUAUUUCUAUAAACGUUUAACCCAAAAGCAGUCACCUAAACCUAAUCCUGUUCAAAUGCAUGAUCAAGUUAAAAAAUGGACACGAAAUGUUGACAUAUUUGAAAAAGAUUUUGUAGUGAUUCCUAUUAAUGAACAUUCUCAUUGGUUUUUAGCAAUAAUAUGUUUUCCUGGAUCAACUAAGAAUGAUAUCUUUUCUGAUGAAGUAGCUGGAGAAGAAGAUUCAGACGAAGAUUCAAAAGAAGUUUCUGAAUCUCCAUGCCAGGCCAAUAUGACUGUAAACGAUUCUACUAAUUUUAUCAUGAAUAAACCACAGAAUGAACUUAUUAAUACAAAUGCUCCUCUUGAAGUAAAUAAAAGAUUAGUUUCAUAUGAUUCGUCUCCAGAGCCAAGUCCUGCAAAUUUAAAUGAGCUUAAUAUUAGUUCAAAAUCACUACAAGAAAACACAUUUACUCAACCUGAAGUAGCAGCUAUUAAAGAACAAACUCGACACAAACAGGCUAAUGAUUACGAAGAAACUUAUGUUAGACCAUGUAUAUUAUUAUUUGAUUCUCUUACUGGUGGGGGACAUUCAUCAGUUUUUACUAAUUUGCGAAACUAUAUUUCUAUGGAGUGGAUUAACCGUAAAACUUCUAAAGUAUUAAAGACAUUUGACAAAGUUACUAUGAGUGGUUCGUAUCCAAUUAUACCACGCCAAAACAACGAUUGCGAUUGUGGCAUCUUUUUAUUACAAUAUGUUGAAUCAUUCUUUAAAUUGCCCAUUACAAACUUUAAGUUUCCAAUUCAUCUCGAACAUUGGUUUACUUUAGAAAUAGUUGCGAAUAAGAGAAAAGAAAUUAGACAAAUUAUUACACAAUUAUCUGAGCAAUAUAAUACAAUUAGCACUAGUUGAGUUUAUUUGUAAUACUUUGUUUUUUGAAGAAAAUAAAGUGUAAUUCAAUCAG